CCCGGCGUCGGCGGCGCGCGCGCUCCCUCCUCUCAGAGAGAGGGCUGUGGUAAAAGCCGUCCGGAAAAUGGCCGCCGCCGCCGCUGCCGCGCCGAGCGGAGGAGGAGGAGGAGGCGAGGAGGAGAGACUGGAAGAAAAGUCAGAAGACCAGGAUCUCCAGGGCCUCAAGGACAAACCCCUGAAGUUUAAAAAGGUGAAGAAGGAUAAGAAAGAAGACAAAGAGGGCAAGCAUGAGCCCCUGCAGCCACCGGCUCACCACUCUGCUGAACCAGCAGAGGCAGGCAAAGCAGAGACCUCAGAAGGGUCAGGCUCAGCCCCAGCUGUCCCAGAAGCUUCUGCCUCCCCCAAACAGCGGCGCUCCAUCAUUCGUGACCGGGGACCCAUGUAUGAUGACCCCACUCUGCCUGAAGGUUGGACCCGAAAGCUUAAGCAAAGGAAAUCUGGCCGCUCCGCUGGGAAGUAUGAUGUGUAUUUGAUCAAUCCCCAGGGAAAAGCCUUUCGCUCUAAAGUGGAGUUGAUUGCGUACUUCGAAAAGGUAGGCGACACCUCCCUGGACCCUAAUGAUUUUGACUUCACGGUAACUGGGAGAGGGAGCCCCUCCCGGCGAGAGCAGAAACCACCUAAGAAGCCCAAAUCUCCCAAAGCUCCAGGAACUGGCAGAGGUCGGGGACGCCCCAAAGGGAGCGGCACUGCGAGACCCAAGGCAGCAGCAUCAGAGGGUGUGCAGGUGAAAAGGGUCCUGGAGAAAAGUCCCGGGAAGCUGCUCGUCAAGAUGCCUUUUCAAGCUUCACCGGGGAGCAAGGCCGAAGGGGGCGGCGGGGCCACCACGUCAGCCCAGGUCAUGGUUAUCAAACGCCCUGGCAGGAAGCGAAAAGCCGAGGCCGACCCCCAGGCCAUUCCCAAGAAGCGGGGCCGAAAGCCGGGCAGUGUGGUGGCAGCCGCUGCCGCAGAGGCCAAGAAGAAAGCAGUGAAGGAGUCUUCCAUCCGGUCCGUGCAGGAGACCGUGCUCCCCAUCAAGAAGCGCAAGACCCGGGAGACCGUCAGCAUCGAGGUGAAGGAGGUGGUGAAGCCCCUGCUGGUGUCCACCCUCGGCGAGAAGAGUGGGAAGGGACUGAAGACCUGCAAGAGCCCUGGGCGGAAAAGCAAGGAGAGCAGCCCCAAGGGGCGCAGCGGCAGCGCCUCCUCACCCCCCAAGAAGGAGCACCACCACCAUCACCACCACUCAGAGCCCCCGAAGGCACCCGCGCCGCUGCUUCCACCCCCACCCCCGCCCCCGCCCGAGCCCCAGAGCUCCGAGGACCCCGCCAGCCCCCCUGAGCCCCAGGACUUGAGCAGCGGCGUCUGCAAAGAGGAGAAGAUGGCGAGAGGAGGCUCGCUGGAGAGCGACGGCUGCCCCAAGGAGCCAGCUAAGACUCAGCCCACGGUCGCGACCGCCGCCACGGCCGCAGACAAGUACAAACACCGAGGGGAGGGAGAGCGCAAAGACAUUGUUUCAUCCUCCAUGCCAAGGCCAAACAGAGAGGAGCCUGUGGACAGCCGGACGCCCGUGACCGAGAGAGUUAGCUGACUUUACACAGAGCGGAUUGCAAAGCAAACCAACAAGAAUAAAGGCAGCUGUUGUCUCUUCUCCUUAUGGGUAGGGCUCUGACAAAGCUUCCCGAUUAACUGAAAUAAAAAAUAUUUUUUUUUCUUUCAGUAAACUUAGAGUUUCGUGGCUUCAGGGUGGGAGUAGUUGGAGCAUUGGGAUGUUUUUCUUACCGACAAGCACAGUCAGGUUGAAGACCUAACCAGGGCCAGAAGUAGCUUUGCACUUUUCUAAACUAGGCUCCUUCAACAAGGCUUGCUGCAGAUACUACUGACCAGACAAGCUGUUGACCAGGCUUCUUAGGGUAUGCCUGCACCUCCCCUCCCACCCAGACCUCCCCCCCACGCCCCCCCAUGUGGUCAUUAGGGACAGAGAGUGCCAUUGGUGCCCCAGUCUCCGCUCUCCUCUCCCCCCACCCUGCGCCACCCCCACCCUCCAGCUCCCCCGCCUCCCCCACCCCCACCCACAUUGGGACAAGGAGGUGUGAGGCAGGAGGGACAGUUGGAUUCUUUAGAGAAAAAGACAGAGAUGGCCAGUGGCUACAGCCUGUGUGAUCUCACCCAUGGUGGCACAAAUCUGGCCCCACACCAGCCCCAAUCCAAAACCGACUAGGACAUUUCACAGGACGGGGAGGUAGCACCUGUUCGCUCCAGUUCUGGCGCGGCUGGGAGGGAGUCAGUCCUUCGAGCUGCUGGGCGUAGACUGGCCUGAGUCAGGUGACCAGGUGAGAGGACAGCCCGGGGCCGUUAUCCAGUGGGCGGCGCUAGAGAGAGAGAGAGGCCGUGGAAGCAGCAGGAUGAGGCGCAGGCAGGCUGGCCCUGGGCUCCUGGGCUCCUCCGGGUGGCAGAGAGCAGUGGGGCCGAUGGAAUUCCUAGUCGCUCAGAGCAGCCUGUGACUGGUAGGUAGAGGCCUAGUGCACAGGUUGGGGGGCCAAGGGGGAAGGAGGGGAAAAUGUUCUUCCAAAACUUUCCAAUUCUACUCCUUUAGGGACAGCUUAGAACUAUUUGCACUAUUGAGUCUUCAUGUUCCCACUUCAAAACAAACAUGCUCUGAGAGCAAACUGGCUUGAAUUGGUGACACUUUGUCCCUCAAGCCACCAGACAUGACGGUGUUUAGAACUACCUGGAUCUGUAUAUACCUGCGCUUGUUUUAAAGUGGGCUCAGCACAUAGGGUUCCCACGAAGCUCCGAAACUCUAAGUGUUUGCUGCAAUUUUAUAAGGACUUCCUGAUUGGUUUCUCUUCUGUCCUUCCAUUUCUGCCUUCUUUCAUUCAUCCUUUCAUUUCUUCCCCUCCUCGUUCAUCCCUUCUGUACCAGGCACCCACAGUUCCCAGCUUUACCUGAGCUGAUGCUGGUCAGCUCAGGCCCCCAGAUUUCACCCUGCCCUUGGCCUUCCCACUGCCAGCCCUAGCCCUAGCCACACCCCCAUUCUGAGCCCUGAAGAAGCCCCGGGCUCUGCUGAGUCCACCUGGCCCUAGCAACUUGGCCUCUCUGAGGGGCAAGAGAGCAGCAAUAUCCUGUUCUCUUAGGGAGCUCCCUUCCCUGGUCAGACCCUGAUUCUGGGCCUUCUCAACCUACUCGAGAGAAGCAGGCAGGAGAAGUUGGACAGAUUUGGACUUGGGAGCUGAGGGUAGCGCAGAGGCCCCCAUGGCCUGCCGUAGUCAUCAAGUAGUCUGGCUCUGACCUUGGCCUUGGCCAGGCCCAGCUAGCACAGUGUGGUGCAACGAGGCAGCAGGUGGGAAGAAAUGCAGAUGCCCCAGACCUGAGCUGGGACCAGUGCCUAGGCCCCUGGCCCCUCUGCUCCUCUCUUAAGUUAACCAUGAGUUCUUUUCUUAUGGAAAAUGUCUGGCUUUUGCUUGCUGGAGACCGGGUGGGGCCGGCAUAUCACACAUCUCCACAUCUAUGCCAGGGGAAUGGUGUGGGGGCCGAGAGGCUUGGCUUUGCUAUGGGUGUUCAUUGAUCAAUCUCCAUUUAGGACCCCAUCCUUUCAUUCUGUGUUCAGGAAGUCCUUAUCUAGCUGCAUAUCUUCAUCAUAUUGGUAUAUCCUUUUCUGUGUUUACAGAGAUGUCUCUUAUAUCUAAAUCUGUCCAACUGAGAAGUACCUUAUCAAAGUAGCAAAUGAGACAGCAGUCUUAUGCUUCCAGAAACACCCACAAGCACGUCCCAUGCGAGCUGCUGCCAUGAACUGUCAAGUGCGUGUUGUCUCGUGUAUUUCAGUUAUUGUCCCCUGGCUUCCUUACUGCAGUGUAACCAUGAAGGAGUGAAACAUCCUAAAAACCGUCUAGCACUUCCUUGCCAGUCCUUAGUGAUCAGGAACCAUAGUUGACAGUUCCAAUCAGUAGCUUAAAAAAAAAAAAACGCAUUUGUCUCUUCCGGAAUGGUUAGAAGCAAGGGAGUUUGCCCCCAUUCUGUUUGCAGAAUCAUAGUUGGCCUUCGUAGCAUUUUUGUACCCAUUUCCUUAUGCUGCAAAAGCAAGUCCCACAACCAGACCCCCUCUGCUGUUGACCCUCUGGGCUUCACUUCUGACUCCUCCCCAGGAAGGGAAGGGGGGUCGGAGGACAGGGCAGGUCCUUCAGGAUCCCUCUUCCUUCAAGGACAUAAGGCUCCUGACUCCGAAGUGGCCUCGCACUCCUGGCACCCACAAAGGAUGCCUGUCCACGCAAGUAUAGCGUCUGGCCAGUUUGUCGUGGAGACACCGUCCAUUUUGGUCGGUUAGGUUUUUAUGCAUUACACUUAGUCCAGUGGAAUGUGACUCCCGGAACCAGUGUCAAGAGCUGGCCUCUCCAUCAGCUCAGUACCAUCUGGUCCUGGGAAGAGGAGUGCGGGGCCCACCAUGCCCCCCUUUCGCCCGUGACCAUUCAGGGGUGACUGGGCAUUGGUGGUUGAGAGCACAGCAAUUCAAGUUUCAUUUUCUUUCGGCCCGGCCUGACCUGCAGCCCCCUCGCUCCCCUUAAGGAGCUGCUUCUCCUUACAGUUCCAAAGCUGCAGGCAGCCCCUGAGGCUCCUUAGGGUUUUCUCUCCUUCUCCCACAUUCCCUCUUCUUCACCUAAUAAAGGCAUCACAAGUAAGUCACCAUUAAGCAGGUCACCUUGGUGGUUUGUCGCCCUGGCAGGCAGGGGCCCUGCAGCUCCCAUACCGCCCCUGUCCUGGGUCAGGUUGACAGGAGGUUGGAGGGAAAGCCAGGCUAUGGGAUUCUCACCAGCCGUGUCCAGCCCAGUUGGGGGUGUGACCUCGAUUUUGUGUGUGCUUGAACAUCAUGAAGAUUGGGGGCAUCUUUUAGGGACUGUGUGAAGAAUACAGAAAUUAACUGACAGCUUUCAGACACCUGUUUGUAGGGCUAGGUCACAGUCACUUUCAGCCUCCCCCACCCUCGUUCUAGUUGUUAGUUACUACCUCCUCUCCCGACAGAAUGCUGUUAUGUCUUUGAGCUCCUCCUACAAUGCCCUGCCCAGCUCUGCCCUGCCCUGCCCAUUGGUGGGCCUGCCCUAACCAGUGGAACCGCUGGCCUUGACACUGUAGUGAACCAGGGCACCGAGCCACAGCCAGGCUCUAAGACAGCUCCCUUCUGCUGCUGCUGUAUUCCCCUUAUCAGAAGGCACAGGUGACACCUAGAAAUGCCCUGUUCCCCAGUCCAUCAGUGCCAAACGACCCGAGGACCUCAGCCCCCUCAACUCCCUGGAAGGUGAAAGCCGUGGUGGUGGCCCAGGGACACUGGCCACAGCCGGCACCUGGCUUCUACUCCUGAGACCCCGUGCAGGUGCGGGCAACAGUCUGUUCAGGGGCACCAUUCCAGGCUAGAGGCCACAAACGGCACCAGGACCCAGAGCAGCCCCAGGUUGUCACCUGCUCCUCCGCGCAGCUUUUCAUUGACCUGACAGGGAUGAUGAAAGAAGGUACUAACCUGAAACAAACUGCCAUGUUUGGUGGGAAAGGUGUUUCUUUAGCUGACAGGACCUCUGGAUUGAAGUAACUUUUAGUAAGCAACUGAAGCGCAGGAGGGGGCAACAGGUAUGAAGUGAACUCACCAAGGGGGGCCGACUGGAUCUUGCAGAGCCCAAGUGGAGCCUAGCAGCUGAGUUCUGUGCCCCCUUUCCGGAGCAUUUGCACCUGGCUCUCUGGGCUGACGGAGCCAGGGAAGGUCACAGGUGCUGGUUCUUGGAGAAGCCUUUUGCGCAUCCUUUCCUAGCCAGUGUCGCCCCGAAUUGUUUCCUAAUGUGAGUCACGCACAGAUUUUAGGACUGGUGGCCCAGACCUCAGGAAGCAAGCUGUGUUUAGAGCCCUGUUCCCGGAGUCUUGGCUCAUGGGGGGGGGGAGGGGGGCGGCGGGGGCAAGCAUGGCAGCGUCGCCCAGCCGGUGGUAGAGCCCCUGCUCCUGGGCCCCUGCGGCCCCACCAUGUCGCGUUCCUGAUCUUACUCUGUUCUCUGUAAGGGCCCCACCUUCGCUCUCUCCGCCAGUAAACUCGUCCACUCUGGAGGGGUUUGUCGAGUCUCCAUUUUUGCGUCUUUCUCUUUUAGAUGCUGUAUCAAUCUUUAGAAAAGGCAUAGUCUGUUAUAUAUCGCUAGUUAUGCCUCCCCCAGGGUCUAAAGUUACAUAUUAAAGGGGAAAGAAAGUGAACACUGAAACCCAUUCUCAACAAUUCA